GACAUUCCCACCCAGUCACUUGGUCCUGACAGAGUCUAUCAUGUAUUAAUAUCUCUAUUUCUUUGCAGGAGUGCCAGUGGAAAAUUCCUAAGCAUGGAUACAGGCACAAUUGUCUGGAACUUUGACAGCAUAGCUGAAAAUGGAAGUUACACUGAAAUGGUCUCCUGUAGCAUCAGGUUCAAUACCUUUUUUUUUCUUAAAGUCAUCAUUGCCAUGGUUGGCCUGGCAGGAAAUGCCACAGUGGUAUGGCUUCUAGCCUUCCACCUGCAUAAGAAUGCUUUCUCCGUCUAUGUCCUCAACCUGGCUGGUGCUGAUUUCCUUUAUCUUUGCACUAAGAUUUUGUCUUACCCGUUGUGUGUCCUUCAGUUAUAUUUCAGCUUCUUUGAGUUUUUCUUCACUGUAUCAAUAUUUGCUUACCUUGUUGGUUUGUGUAUGAUUGCAGCCAUCAGUGCUGAGCGCUGCCUCUCUGUUAUGUGGCCCAUCUGGUAUCACUGCCAAAGACCAAGACACAUGUCAGCCAUCGUGUGUGCUCUGCUCUGGGCUUUCUCUCUACUUUUGAGCCUCUUGAGAAUGAUAGGCUGUGGCUAUCUGUUCGAUUAUUUUGAACAUCAUUUCUGUACUACUUUGACCUUUAUCACUGCUGCAUUUAUAAUAGGGUUAUUUGUGGUUCUUUCUGUGUCCUGUCUGGCCCUGUUGGUCAAGAUUGUCUGUGGAUCACACAGGAUACCUGUGACCAGAUUGUUUGCUACCAUUGCACUCACAGUGGUGGUCUUCAUAUUCUUUGGUAUGCCCUUUGGGAUCUUCCAAAACAUCUGGGAAGGGAUUAUAGGAUAUUAUGUUACUUCCUCAAUCAAUGUUUAUAGAAUUUUAGAAUUCCUGUCCUUUAUUAACAGUUGUGCCAAUCCCAUCAUUUACUUCCUUGUUGGCUGCAUUAGGCACCACAGGUUGCAAUGUCAGUCUCUGAAGCUACUUCUGCAGAGAGCCAUGCAGGACACUCCUGAGGAAGGGAGUGGAGAGAGGGGUCCUUCACAAAGGUCUGUGGAACUGGAAACAGUCUAG